AUGUCAUUUAUAGAGGAUGAAAGCAUGCUUGCUUUUCUUAAAAGCGGGAUCGGUGUUGGGUUAAGUUACCAAAUAUACAAAGACUGUCAACAAGUAUUACAGAUACCUGACAACCAAAGCAAAGCCCACAAACACCUGGUUGGAGGUAUAAAAUUUGAACUUGGAGCAUUCAAUUUGAUGUUAUCACUUAUGCCACCAAGGACACUUAAACUACUCAAUAUUAUUGGAUAUUCUGGUGAUAGAGGAGUGGGCUUGGCUUUGCUUCAUGAGAGUGCAUCUGAAACCCAUAUAAAUAAUAUCUUAAGUCUUUUGACUCUACUAUUUUAUUACAAUUAUAUCUAUGUAGCUUUUGGUGUUGAAAAGGUUUACAAUUCUGCUACAGAGGAUCUCUUCCUAGUCUACCUCCAGAAAUUUCCGAACUGUGUCAUAUUUAAAUUUUUUCAUGCACGUUCUAAUAUGUUGAAAGGAGAUUUUGAAAAUGCACAGCUAAAAUUACAGGAGUGCAUUUUUACUCAGAAUGAAUGGAAGCAGGUUCAUCACCUCUGUUACUGGGAAUUCAUGUGGUGCCACAUUUUACUGCAGGAUUGGAGACAGGCUUACCACUAUGCCAAUCUACUGUCUCAACACAGCAGAUGGUCCAAGGCAAUAUACAUGUACAGUAAAGCUAUCAUCCUGGCUUUGCUUCCUUCUAAUUUUGUGAAAUGAGUAAGUGAGGAUAUGAACUCUCUCUUCUUAAAAGUGGAAAGCCUGAAAAUUAAGUUUUUAGGCAGUGCUGUGCCAAUAGAGAAGUUUGUUGCAGAGAAGGGUCAGCGCUAUGGUACUACAAUGGGCUGGUUUACAGCCCAGCCCCUUCUGGAGUUCAUUUCUGCCUGGAGUGGUUUCCGAGUCAUGAGCAAAAAGAAUGAGCUUAUUUCAAGCUGGCUAUCAAUAAUCGACAAAGGAGAAGAUCUUUUACAAGAAAAUCCACACAAAGAGUAUGGCACAGAUUACAUAAGUUUAUUAAAUUUACUGAAAGGCCUAUGCCUGAAACACUUAGGCAAAUAUUCAAAGGCUGAGUAUUACUUUAAUCGUGUCAUUCAAAAGGAGAAAUUAUUAAAAUAUGACCACUAUUUGGUGCCAUAUACUUACUAUGAACUGGGAAUCUUACACUUUCUAAAAGGAGACUAUGCCAGAGCAACAAAAAACCUAGACAACCGCCAUCUUCUUGGAAACCUCUAUGCCGUGAGAACCAAGUGGAGGAAGACGUGA